GAUAGUUAAUAAUGGCGGGAAGAUGCUAACAAAUGUCAUUUUGUCUCUUGUUUAGCCCAACAGAACGGGGGAAUUGUUUUCGUUUUAUUCAUGAAAUUGUACCCAAAUCUGAAUUAUAAAUACACAUAGUUGACUUUUAGUUUACCAGAUACGCACGUCUUCAUCAUGAGCGACCAAGAGCCACAGGAGGUAACGAAAAUCACCAGGAAGUCGUUGAGAACAUUACAACGCACGGCUGCAGAUAGAGAAAAUUUAGUGGGUAGACCGAUAAAAAGUUUAAAACAUCAACUCUCGCAAGAAAGUCCUUUAGACAUAGGAGAGGUGAAGCGUAAGAAUCUGUCAACGAAGGAGACACAGGCAAACCUGGAUACACAGAUCUCCGAGGAUGACCUCACCAACCCUGAUGGUGCAUCUGAAAAAUAUUGGCAAAUAUUAGCUGAGAAGCGCCAAAUUGCUUUACAAGAUGCUUUGGAAGAAAAUGAAAAAUUGAGAAAAAUAAUUGAAGACCUAAAGGAGGAGAAUGCUCAGUACAAACAAAUGUUGGAUGAAGCCAACAGUUUUGUUGAAGUUAUAAAGGAGGAACUAGCCAACAACUCCAAUAAUGACACGGGCAUUGACGUAAACGACGUCAGCACAGCUGAUGAAACUGCAGACGAUGAUGCUAUAGCAUCCAAAAAAAAUGAAGACUAAGUUCAAAAUUUUCUUAAAAUUUAGAAGAUUGUCUCCAAAGCUGUGCCUUCAAGUAUUUGUGGUUUUUUCAUAAAUUGUAAUAUCAACUUCUUUGUUUAAACUUUAUUUUAUCAUCCUUUUUAGAUUAGAACAAUCAGAAAAUCCAAAUUAAAAUACUAUUUCAAGUAUAAACUAAACUGCCUCUUGCGAGCCAAAAUAAUUACUUAAUAUAUUAUUAUAAAGAUACAAAUUAUGUUAUAGGAAGUAAUUUAAGUUCUACAUUAAAAUAAAAGAUAAAAAUAGC